AUUAAAUGUUACGUCAAAUAUGUAAUCAUUAUCAGUUUCACCCAACACGACACUGUUAAUAAUGUCCCAGUGUCGUUUAAUAAACUUAACUGUCUAGGACUUGUUGGGACGUCUCGAGGAUUGGUAUGUGUAUUCGGUAAUAAAUCCCGAGAGAAUGAUCGGUUUGAGGAAGCCGCUGUGAUUUGUAAUCCGUUACUUGGAAAAUCCAUUGCUAUUGAUGUGCCUUGUCCACGUGAGCUAUUUCCAUCUGUUUUAGGUUUUGGGGUUCGUCCCGAUAAUUCUGACCCUGUGAUUGUAAUGUAAAGAUCAAUCACGUUCACCAUCCUUACCCGGUUUACGGUAAGCUCACGGGUUUGGAGAGUUCCACGUGGUAAUGAGCCUCCUGAGUCAAUUCAUCGGAUAUGCUCGUCUGUAGUAGUUACAGAUGAUCGGUGUAUCUAUUGAAAAACUUUUGGGUGGGGUGUUAAUGGGGUGGUUGCAUUUGAUAUGAUGAGUGAAGACUUUAUGGAAAUAAACAGAUAUUUCCAUUUCUAAGAUAAAGGAGUCUCUUGCAUUGCUUGAAUAUUGUGAUGACGCCGAGAAACCAGUUUAUGGUGUAUGGAUGAUGGUGCAGGAUGGUGUUUCAAAUUUGUUCACAAAGCUAUUUACCAUCGACAUACCGGAUGUAUUCGAUGUUAAAGUUCUAGAUGAGUAUGGGGAAUCAGCAUCACUUGAAGCUUAUGAACCACGCACAGGAGCCAUCAAGGAAUUGGGUAUUAACGGAUUUUAUGAUUCAUUCUUUCUGGCUUCUUAUAUAGAGACUUUACUUUUACUGGAUCAGUUGGAUGGGCAAUUUGUAAAGGUCCAAUUGCAGUUACCGCCCCCUAAAUCUAAAAGGUUCAAGCGGAUCAAAAAGCAACGCGAAGGCGCAUUAACUAGCUAGAAUCUUUGAAGUGGAGGUAGUGUUAAUUUUGUUGCAAAUAAUCCCUUUGCUAGCCAAGCUAUGAUCAAUUGUUGGAAAUGAUGUCUUUUGUUUUUGGGAGCUGGUCAAACUCUAGCUUGGUAAUCUCUUGGUCAAAUGGUAAAGAUAUGGUUUGUAAUAUGACUUGGUUUGAUCAUUCUGACAACUAGCUUGUUGUAUGCUUUAGUGAAAAUGAUAUUUUGGUAUUUAAA